CCUUCCUGUAAUAUUGCUUUCACCACCGUUCCACAGCUGCGAUAUACCUUCAGCUGGUUCUACUUUAUGAACUGGUCGCUCGAAAAAUUGCCUACAUGAAAAGAGAAGAACAAUGCAACUCUAAACCCGCAUCCUUAAUCAAAUGUUUUCGAAGUUGAAGGUACCGGAUUUAAAACUGAAGGGCCGAGCUGCAAGCACAGCUACUCCUAUAACUUCGCAGAUAAUACCUCAACCAGGUCUCUCUGAAUUUCAAGUCUCUGGCGCAUCAAAUCCAAAUAUCGAUAUCGUUUUUGUUCAUGGGUUAAACGGCAGUAGCGCAGAAACAUGGAAGCACCAUGAUACGGGCUUUUGGUGGCCGGAACAACUCGGAAAUGACUUACCAGACGCGCACAUCCUUCUUUUCAAUUAUGAUACUUUCUUCGACCCUACUUUAAGAGGGACCAAUCUUAUUCGAAUCCCCGACAUAGCCCGCAACCUCUGCUACCAACUUUCCGAGAACCGUUUCGAGAAUGGAGCCAAGCGCAGGCCUCUUGUUAUGAUAGGACACAGCCUUGGCGGAUUAAUUAUAAAAAAGGCGCUAAUAGAGUGCAAUGAAGAUCUCACGCCCGAGCCCGAAGAUAUCCUAUGGUCGACAAUCUCUAUUUUGCUUUUCGGCACCCCGAAUGCCGGAAGUUUCGCUAGUGACCAGAAGAGAGUACAGAUUGUCAAAUGGAUAGGCGAAUCAGUUGGGUAUCAAGUGCCACCAAGAAUCUUCGAGGCUUUAAGAGCUCACUCCCUUGAAUUAUACGAACUAUCUGCGUCUUUUCAAAGGCUAAAGAUAUGGAAUACCCCAAUGGAUGCCAACCCCUCUAUGCUGACUUUCUACGAGACCGUAACCCAAGAUAAACUUGGUAUUCAAGUUGUCGACGAAACGUCCGCGAAGGUUGGCGUAAGGGGUGAGAAGGCUCGUGGCGUACAAGCAAAUCAUACUCAGAUGGUGAGGUUCUAUAACGAGAAUGAUCCAACGUACAAAUCUCUGGAAACGAAAUCCGCUCUCGUCCAACCAAUGCAGCUUUUACAUUUUCACCUGUUGCGCCACAUCCAGCAAUAGUAUCCUCAGCCAUAUUUAGACAGCAAUCAAGCCACCUAGCUACUGAUGAAAGCGGCUUUACGGGUACGCAAAUCACAUAGCAAGUGCGCAUCUUACGUAGCGACCGCCUAUUUAACUUAUUCUAGGCCAUGAUCUGCAUAUAACUAUCCCCGGAGCUCGAGGCAAUCAAAUAGUCCAUGUUGACCAUGGAAUACCCCGGGAGGAAAAAAACUUCAUGGGGCGGCAAGAAAUCCUAGACAGCAUGGACAGAAGCUUCGUCCUAUA